AUGUUUGGUCUCAUAUUCUCGCGUUGGCACCUCUUAGUCGCUGUUUUUGCGAUACAAUUCUGCCUCGGCUGUAUCUACGCUUGGUCAGUACUAAAUCACCCCAUCGACAUGGCCAUCUACGGUGAUGCCGAAACGGGCCACGCAGUUAAUACCUUCUACAUCGCAUUGGGUGUAUCUGGAACAGCGGCGGCAGCUCUGGGCCCUAUCAUUGAACGCAAGGGGCCCCAGUGGGCUGUCUUCAUUGGUACGACCUUGUUCUUGACCGGUCAAAUCGUCACGGGUAUCGGUUGUCACUACAAGUCCAUCGCCUGGAUCUACAUCGGCUACGGCGUCGUUAGCUCCAUCGGUAUGGCCAUGUGCUACGUUUCGCCCCUGUCCACGCUUCAGAAGUGGUUUCCCGACUACCGUGGAACUGUAGCUGGCUUUGCUGUCGCAGGCAGUGGUGCAGGAUCGAUUGUCUUGAGCAAAGCGUACCUACCAAUCAUUGAUGCAGUUGGUCUUCCUUGGAUGUUCGUCUUGACAGGAUUCAUCAUGAGUAUUCCCAUGUAUGCAACUCUUUUAGUCCUUCGCGUCCCACAAGCAGACUUUACUGUCAAUGGUCUUGACAUUUACGGUGACAGUGUCCACGAGAACGGGGCACUGGACAAGACACCCAAUGAUGGGUUCAAUAUAGUUCAGACGCCCGUCGCUAACGAUGCCGCACACUACGAUGUGGGCUCCUCCAGUUCACCAACCAAGCUGCUCACACUCAAACAGGCCAUUUUGACGCCCGAGUUUACUUUCAUCUACAUCAUGUUCUUCGCCAACCAGCUCUUCGGCAUCAUCGUGUUGUCCCGACUUUCCGGUAUGUGUACCGACAUUUUCAACAAAAGCCCAAGCACGGCUUCCGACAUUGUGUCCAUCAUCAGUGCGUCUAAUUGCGGCGGCCGACUCGUCUUUGCGUCUAUCUCGGAUCUCCUGGUGCGUACAGUAAGAAUGGAGAAAUCUUUCUCGCGCAAGGUGCUGUAUUACUUCACCCUUGGCACGCAGAUCAUUGUGAUCGGAUCGUUGCCCACGGUUAUUCGCCACAAAAGCUUCACGUACUUUGUCGUCGAGAUGUUCGUACUCACGAACAGCUACGGCGGUGGACUUGCCACGAUUCCGGCUCUUGUCACCGACAUGUAUGGUCCCUAUCACGUCGGCCCAAUGCAGGGUAUUCUUCUCACGUCUCUAUCCUUUGGUGCCAUUGUCGGUGGCAUCACCUUCAACCACUCGCUUAACGAAAAGGUUGCUGACGGCAAGGCCGUAGGCGAGGCGUAUAUCGACAACCUCAAGGCUAUCUUUGUUAUUGUCUCCAUCGGGUUUGCGAUACUUUUUCUCGUACGUACAAACGUGACGGACCGCUUCGAGCCGGGCUACCACUUUUCACUUUGCGGCAAGCGUGUCAUUAGUAUCCCGCCGACAGAAAAGUCUGAGGCGAGACGAGCUGAGGCUAAGGCUGAGGCUGAAAUAGCCUCAGUGGAAUGUGCAAGUGCAGUGGUCUAUACCGAGCUCAAAGAGUAA